GAGAAUGAACGCAGAAUCGAAAGUAAGAAACAUAGUGGAAGAGGAAGAGGUUUUGCGAAAGCGUAUCUUUUAAACAUAUUUAUUGAUCUAUUAGUGUGAUUUAAUUUUUAAUGGAUAUAAACAGUAGUUAAUCAUGGAUGCAACAAAUUAUAUCGCAAAAUUACAUGAAUUGGCGCAAAAAAAUCGCUGGCUGCUGAAGUUUGAAGAUGUUGAUUAUGUGGGGCCCGAUCACCUCAGAACGUUUACUGUAAGGGCAGUGGUGGAUGGAAAAGCCUAUGCUAAUGGUGUGGGGAAGAAUAAGAAGGAGGCAAGACAAAUGGCUUCUAAAAAUGCUCUGGAAGUUGUCCUCAGUGACCCAGCACCUGAAUUGAAAGAAGCUGCGCCAUCCAGUGUACCCCCUUCACCAGUGCAAUCAACAGGCAUCACCCGGUUUAACUACAUGUGCUGGUUGAAUGAAUAUGGACAGAAAAAUAAGUUUUUGGUCAGAGCUGUGGAAUCAGUUACAGCAAACUCAGUAAAUGCAUCUCAGUGCUGUAGAUUUGUAGUGGGAGAUAAGGAGUACCCAGCAGCUUAUGGAACAACAAAGAAAGAAGCCAAAGAAGAGGCAGCCAAGCUUGUUUACUAUGCAAUUUUUGGAAAUGAAACAGCUCAGACUGCUAUAACCGUACCAGAUCAUCUUAAGGAGGAUGACAAGCAAGGUGUUUCAGAAAUCAUUAAAACCACACAGAGACGGAGCAUCACCACUGAAGAUGAAGGAUUUGCAGAUACUAAUUUUAUUGGGAUUCUCAAUCACUACUGCCAGAAGAAAAAUCUCCUCCAUGAUUUUGUAUUUGAGAAGCGAACUGGGCCACCCCAUGACCCUCAAUUUUUCUUCAAGGUCGUUAUUGAUAAAAAGGACUAUCCUUUGGCUGAAGGAAAGAGCGUUAAAAUAGCCAAGCAGAAAGCAGCUCAAAUGGCCUAUUCCACUCUGCAAGAGCAGUCCGACUGGGACAGCAAGGUGUCUAUCCGAUCCUCUGAAGACUCACCUGCUCAGCUCCUUACACCGGCAGUUUCAAACCCUGUUGCUCAAGAUGCCAACAAAAAUGUAAGAGCAAUCUCUACAAGUGACUCAGUAAUAACUUCACAUGCCGUUAGCCCUCCUAAACAUAAGGCUGUAAGUCCUGAUGUAAAGCCCAAAAUAAAGCUUGCAGCAAAUUUUCCUAAUGCCAAUAAAAGUAAAGAGGAUAUAAUGCCAAAUUUAACUAUUAAGAAAAAUGUUAUACCUGUAGAGAAAACACCACCACAACCAAUUAAUUCAAGAUUUGUAUCAGAUUAUGACUCCAUUGAAGCUCUUGGCAAAGGUGCCUUUGGAACUGUCUUCAAAGCAAGACAAAAACUGCUUGAGAAAUAUUUUGCCAUAAAGAUCAUUCGCUGCAAAGAAAAAACCCUACGUGAGGUAAAGGCUUUGUCAGACCUAAGUCAUGUUAAUAUUGUGAGAUACUACACCUGUUGGAUGGAGGAUACAGCGUACCAGUGGGACUCCUCUAUUGAUAGCUACAGCUCAUCUCAAUCUACAGGUAACCAAUCUGAAAAGUACUUGUACGUUGAAAUGGAGUUAUGUGACACUAAAACCCUCAGAGUCUGGAUCGAUGAGAAAAACACUCAAAAUGUGAAGAAAUCUCGGCGUGACCCCCGGAGAAGAGAGGAAAGUCUGAAGAUCGCUCAGCAGUUGGUCACUGGAGUGGAGUACAUCCACUCACUGGCACUAAUCCACAGAGAUCUAAAGCCUGCAAAUGUCUUGUUUGGGCGUGAUGGAAAUGUGAAGAUUGGAGACUUUGGCCUGGUCACUGCAGAGAGCACUGACGAAGAAAAUGUCAUAGAAAGAACAGUUUACAAAGGGACACCAUCGUAUAUGGCCCCUGAACAAAUGAACAGGAAAACCUAUGACCGGAAAGUGGAUAUUUUUGCUUUGGGACUGAUAUAUUUUGAACUCCUUUGGAAUAUUGUAACAGGACAAGAACGCCAAGCGAUUUGGGAUGAACUUAAAGUCCAGAAACUUCCUGAAGACUUUACUCGCUAUUUUCAACAAGAGGGCCAGAUAAUAAAGUCCAUGUUGUCUGGUCAGCCACAGGAUCGACCAGAAGCCAAGAAAGUGAUGCAGGAGCUAGAAGAAUGUUCCCAGUUACUCACAAUGUUUAAAAGCAUGCGCACUGUAUGAAACAUUUUUCCUACAUCAUGUCAAAGUCAGUGCAUGCUCAACACAGGCACAUUUUAUCUACUUGAAUUUACAUGACAAAAAUCUCAUUUAUUGUACGUUAUUGAAUUUUGCUCAUGUUAAUGAUAAUAUGAAAGCUAGGGUUCCACUGACUAUUUACUGGUUUUAAUGAAUUAUGAACUUAAUAUACAGUAAUUGAUGUUUACAGUGGGUCUGUGUGUUAUUGUUUUUUGUUUUUUUUAUCUGGCGUUGGUACAUGAUGAUUCGGCUGUGUGUCAAACAUCACUAAACAGAAUUGAAUUACAAUAAUGGCUUACACUUGUUAAAGCGCUACACUAUAGUCAUUAUUCAUUCAUUUCCACACUUGGUGAUGGUAAGCUACUAUUGUAGCCACAGCUGCCCUGGGGCAGACUGACGGAAGUGAGGCUGCCAAUCUGCGCCAUCAUUCGACCACCUAUCAUUCGAGCACACACCACUUUCAUACUAGGCUACUGUGGGAGAAGUGUCUUGCCUAAGGACACAACGACAGAACUUGGUCCUCCGACCUUCGGGUUGGGGGACCAACACUCUAACCACUGAGCCACUGUCGCCCAAUUAAAACAGUAAAUAUAAUUCCUCAUUGUUCCAGGUGUGGUCUGUAGUAAACAGUAAACAUUUUAAAUAUUUAAAGUGGGCUAUAAAUGCACUAAAAGGAACUUCUGACAGUUAUUUUGACACUAUUAUAGGAGAGAGAGUUUUUAAAGGGUGCAAACGAGUGGGUGAGAGAGUUGCAGAUUGGGUGAUUAUUUAUGUUUUGAUUUGUGUGAUUUUAAUGUCUUUCUUAUUCUGUAAAGCACUUUGAAUUACCUCGUGUACGAAUUGUGCUAUACAAAUAAACUUUCCUUGCCUUGCCUAUAGGUCAAUACAC